CAGCCACCAAGCGUGGCAUUCAGCAAGCUUCACGGAAAAAGUGGGCGUUGGUUGGUCGCUUGGUGUGCGUUGCGCGCUGAGGGUGUGUGACGACGCCAGCCAGCCAGACAAAGACGAAGAAGUGUGCGUGUUCGACCUGGUGGGUGCUCUUCCAUAUUCGCAAACACGCACAGCAAAGCAAAGCAAACACACGACGGCCAGCCCCACAGCAAGACAACACGACAACAGUUGGGUGUGCAGAGCCUGAACAAAGAGGAGGAGGCAGGACCACUGCCUGCGUGGCUGAAGAAGGGUGCAGCAGGGUGCAGCAGGGUGGGGAGGAUGCGAGGGCAGCAGCUUGACGAGCAGCUCACGCAGAGCGAGCAUGGCAGUGGCCCCCAUACCGUCUCUGCAAGCUCUGCCUGUGUUGCGACGGAGAAGCCAGGGAGGUACAGGAGGAAGGCAGGUGAAGGAGGAGCUGGUGGUCAAGAGCGACGAUCUGGCUCUCGUGGUCACCGCCGUGCAGCGACAGCAGCAACGACAGCAACAGCACUGAGGGCGGUGGUGUUGUUGGGCUGGCUUGCAGUGGCGUUGCUGCAUGUGGCAGUGGGAACACAGGUCAGUGGCGGCGAUGGAUACUGCCACUUGAACGCAGGCGACUUCAGUGAAUACCCUGUUGCUCAUAACUGCAGCAGUGUGCCGCCAAACGGCGUGUGCGUGGUCGAGUGUGACGUAUCUGCUGGCUUUGAGGGGGGCCCGAUGACUGUGUUCUGCGGACCCACUGGUCAGCCUGUACCCUUUCGGCAGCUCGUGUGCACUGCCCUGGAGAACCAAAUUGUUACCAGUGCAGAGGGCAUUCGCAUCGUCGCAUACCAGGGUGAUGUAAUCGCGCAGGCUGGCGGGCGGGAGGUUGGCGUGAAUGCAAUGAACGAGCGCCUGAUGGGCGUGGAGAGCACCAUCGCCAGCACCCUCAACGUCAACACCACCAGCUUAGCCAUGGAGGUGUCCCAGCUUGCUGCAGAGCGGCUGCCCACCCGCGUCUCCACGCUCGCGUCAGGGCUGGCCAGCGUGGCCAGCGACGCGGCGCACAACACAAGCCAGCUUCGGUCGGAGCUGCAGGAACGUGCGCUUAAGCAAGACGUCGAAGCAGCAUUGUCCAACCUUGCCCAGAACAUCACCACCGCUCGAACCAGCCUCGCUUCCGAAAUUGGUGCACUGCAAGCGCGUGCUGAUGAUCACGAUGGCAAUAUUGCCAACCACGAGGAUCGCUUGUCGAGCGUUGAGUCGGCCAUCGCUGCACUCCCGCCAGCGCUUACCAAAAUCAACGCUGUAACCUCAGGCAUUGGCUCCGCGUCACGGCCAGGCCGCACUUGUUCGCACAUUGCGUUUGAGCGCUCGCCCGAGAUGCUCCCUGACGGUCCAUAUUGGAUCGAUCCCAACGGCGGAUCCAUCGCGGAUGCGUUUCAAGCCUUUUGCAACAUGACUGCUGGAGGGGAAACCGUAAUUGCACCCGCUGCCAAUGUGACGUUCAUGGAUUACCGAGAUGGCAGCGUGCCAGAGGAGCGCGCAUGGUUUGCGUCUCCGUCGUUUGGCGGGUCGCGCUUCACGUAUGAAAUUGCCGAUGAUCAAUUGAAUGCAUUGAUCCAGCACUCAACGUCCGCCCGACAGACCGCCACGUUCUCGUGCAGAGGCGUUGUGAUCUGGAAAACUCCCGGUGGGUCCAUCGAUCCCAACUUUGCUGCUUGGUUUCGCGCCUUCCAGGACACAGAUGACUCGCUCAUCUGGAAGCCGUACAGCUCUGUGUUUCCGGCGCCGCAGGUGCCCCUCGACGACUGCUCGCUCAACAGCGGAAGCUCUCGGCUGACCACGAUGUUUGAGUUUGAAACGAACAGCCCGCAGUUUCUUCCCAUCGUCGACAUCAGCCUGACAGAUGAUGGGGCCUCAGAGUACUGGGGGCUUGACUACGGCCCCGUGUCGUUUUCGUACGACUUUCCAGACGGGCGCACGUGCGGCACUCGCGUGUACCCGUCAGGCGCAAUCUUUCGCUCGAAGACGGACAACACGGGUGUCUACUGGACGCAUCCAAGCCGAUUCGUGUCGCAGAGCGUCGUGUUGGAGCCCAUCAUCACGCACGAUGGAUGCGCGACAAACGACAUACACACAGCAGCACAUGCGUCGUUUGUGUUUGCCACCACCAACGCGCUCGCACUGCCAAUUCAGGACAUUGCCUUGUUUGAUCACGGCUCCGCAUCAGAACUCAUUGGGUUUGGCUUUGGUGCGACCCGGUUCAAACUCGACUUUACGCGAACACCGCGCGGUGCGAGUGCUUCCAACCCAGCCCGCACCUGCGCAGACAUCCUCGUGCACACGGCCAACCCAGCAGAUGGCUGGUACUGGAUCGCUCCAACGGCAUCAGCGGCGCCCGCGUACCUGGCAUGCGACUUUACCAACGGCGGGUGGACGGGCAUUCCGCCCACUCGCAGAAUUCGCCUGUCAUCAAGCUGGUUCUCAAGCUCGCCCCCAGGCCAGCACUGGUGGUUUUCUUCCGUCAGCGGUGGAUUUGAGGUUCCCUAUCCCAUCAGCCCCAUGUUUCUCACCGCUUUGCGGCGCAUGUCGGUGGAAGCAAAGCAGGAGAUUGUGAUUCACUGCGGCGACUAUGCAGUGUGGUACGGCACCACCCACGGCAGCGCUCUUGGGACCUCGGCCAUGUUCAAGAGCGACACGAUAACUUGGUCUGCCUCCUCAGACAACGACGCGUUGCCCACGGUUGAUUAUGUGUCGGACGCCUGCCGCUUUGACUUUACCGAGGAAUCAACGACGCCGUUCCAGCUUCGUACAUUCAACACAGCAGCCCUCCCCAUCAUCGAUGUGGCCGUGUAUGCAUAUGACGCCACAAACAAGCUGUUUGGAGCUGACAUUGGCAUUGCGUGGUUUCGGUGACGUGACAUGAUGAGGUAUAAGGGUGAACGAGAGUGAGAGAUGGGAAAGGCGGAGUCGGGAGAGAGUGGGGGGGGGUUGUGCGUGGAGGUGGUGAGGUAUUCCUUGCUUUCUUUCCUUUCUUUCUGUGUUAGCUAUCAGGUUCGUUCUAAGUAUCUCCUUUGCUUGUGUGAGUGCGUGCGUGUGUGUGAGUGCGUGCGUGCGUGUGUGUG